ACGUUAAUCGGAUAUAUUACUGGUAUAUAGUACACAUUUAAUUAUUACUUCAUCUAUGGUUCGUUAAGCUGAAAAAUGUUGCUUUUCAUAUUGGCUUUAGGCGUAUCGUUGUUUCCUGAUGGAUUAACGUUGAUCUGUUUAACAUCAGAAGGAGUUUUCCCGAAUAUUGACGCCCAAGGCUGUGAUACAUAUUUUCGUUGUCAUCGAUACCAAUCAGAUCUACACAGUUGUCAAGAUGGUUACCAAUUCCACUUUCAGAACCGUGUGUGUCAACCGGAACAGGAAGUUUGGUGCCAGUGGCAGAUACAGCAGUGGAAUGAGAUGCAGUAUGGGGGUGGCACUCCAGACGAAUAUUACUACGAUACAAUGUAUCCUUCACCCUUCCCUGUUGAUCCGCUAGAUGUACCUUUCAAUCCAUUCCCAACAGAUAUAUUUCCUAUUGCGCCAUACCCUGAAUAUUACGACAGAGCUGGUGUCCGUCUCCCUGUUCCCGAUUUUCCAUAUUAUGAUGGCAUAUAUACGGAUCCUACAUUUCCGAUAUACCCAACCCUAGAAGACAUCCCCGGAUUUGGGUUUCCAAGUGAAUAUCUGCCUACUAUUCCCGCAUAUGUUCCGGAUUUACCCUGGGAUACUGGUGUCUAUCCCUUUUAUACUGGAUCUGAUUCGAUUGAUUAUCCACUUUACGACAACCUCCCCUUCCCAGAUGUUUAUUCACCUGGAGUUCCUGAUCUUGGAUUCCCAGGGAUUUCCUGGAGCGGGGCUUUUCCUACAGGAACUGGAAUCAGCGCAUAUUCUCCAGAUAUCUACUCCCUUGGAUACCCUGGAGGUCAAUUCGGAGGAAGCGUUCCGAGUUUUACAGGCAUAAACGAAUACAUUCCUAGGAUUCUAAACAUUCCAGCUCUCAGUGCACCACAGACAGGAUUUGGAUUUGGAAUGCCGUCUUAUGAUGCUGGUGUGUCAGGAAAUUUUGCCGGACUGAAUAAUUGGUUAGGCGUAAACACUGGAAUCCCCAUAACACCCUUGAUAUACGGAAAUGGUUUUACACCCUUGACAAGUUAUUCCCCUAAUUUGAUUAAUCAGGGAUUUAAUUUUAUUCCGGGAUUAGGUUUUGGGUCAGGCGUCGGGACUCCAGGAACUAAUUUGGGAGCUGGGGUCUUCACUGGUACCGGAAUAACUAUCACACCAGCCUAUCCAGCUGGUACCGCUACAAAUACAGGAACGUUCGGCACCAAUAAUGUUGAUUCGGGAAUCUUUGGCACGUCAGGCACUGGUUUCAGUAAUGUUGGCACAGGAGUAAUUGGAAAUGGAGGAUUUUAUGGAUCAACAGAUCCUUUCCUACCAAACACUGGAAAUACAAAUCUAAACACCGGUGGUGUUCAAACGCGAAUUAUUACCCCAAAUAUUAAUCUUGGAGGGGCUGGUAAUACGGGAACUUAUCCAGUAGGAUUUGGAGGUUCAAAUGGUUUGGGUGGAUAUCCUGUAACUGGUGGUGUUUCCCCUUUAGGCUCUGGGGCGACUGGGGGCUAUAUUCCGACAGGCUUAACACCAACCGAUAGCACAUUUCCCGUUAGUUCAGGGGCUGGAUAUUUCCCAACAGGUUUUGGUUCAUGGUCCAACCCUAGUAGUGGUGGCGUAGUGCCUAUUAAUUCUGGUGGAACAGGGGGGUUUGUGAGUAAUGGUGCAAAUGGCGGCGUUGUACCUAUCGGAUACAGUGGGACCGCUUCGAACAUUCCAAUGAACACAGGAACAAUAAAUACACGAUCUGGGGGAGUGGUUCCGAUAGGUAUUGAUACAUCAGGAUGGUUUGUUCCUACUGGUAAUCCAAUCACAGGAGGAACCGUUCCGCUUUCUGGUGGAAAUGUUCCAACAAGUUUUGAUUUUGGUGGAUAUAACCCUAACGCUGCUGGAGGUUAUAUACCGAAUACCGGUGGUGUCGUUCCCAUCGCAUCUGGAACCGGAAAUGUUUUUCCCAAUUAUGGAGCAGGUGGCUAUUACCCGAAUAAUGGUGGAACUCUGCCAGUGACAUCUGGAACCGGAGGUUAUGUCCCAAAUACUGGAGCAGUUGUGCCGGUGGGAAUUGGAACAGGGGGUUAUGUUUCGAAUAGCGGCGGAUCUGUGCCAGUGUCUACUGGACCAGGUGGUUAUGUUCCAAAUAAUGGAGCAACUGUGCCGGUGGCAACUAGAACAGGCGGUUAUGUUCGGAAUAAUGGUGGCGCUGUGCCGAUGGGAACUGGAACCGGAGGUUAUGUUCCGAACAAUGGCGGAGCUGUGCCGAUGGGAACUGGAACAGGGAGUUAUGUCCCGAAUACUGGUGCAGCUGUGCCGGUGGGAACUGGAACAGGGAGUUAUGUCCCGAAUACUGGUGCAGCUGUGCCGGUGGGAACUGGAACAGGAGGUUACGUCCCGAAUACUGGUACAGCUGUGCCGGUGGGAACUGGAACAGGAGGUUACGUCCCGAAUACUGGUGGAGCUGUGCCGGUGGGAACUGGAACAGGAGGUUACGUCCCGAAUACUGGUGCAGCUGUGCCGGUGGGAACUGGAACAGGAGGUUACGUCCCGAAUACUGGUACAGCUGUGCCGGUGGGAACUGGAACAGGAGGUUACGUCCCGAAUACUGGUGCAGCUGUGCCGGGGGGAACUGGAACAGGAGGUUACGUCCCGAAUACUGGUACAGCUGUGCCGGUGGGAACUGGAACAGGGAGUUAUGUCCCGAAUUCUGGUACAGCUGUGCCGGUGGGAACUGGAACAGGAGGAUAUGUCCCGAAUACUGGUACAGCUGUGCCGGUGGAAACUGGAACUGGGGGUAUUGUUCCGAAUACUGGUGCAGCUGUGCCGGUAGGAACUGGAACAGGGAGUUAUGUCCCGAAUACUGGUGCAGCUGUGCCGGUGGGAACUGGAACAGGAGGUUACGUCCCGAAUACUGGUACAGCUGUGCCGGUGGAAACUGGAACAGGAGGUUAUGUUCCCAAAAGCGGUAGUGCUGUAUCCGUGUCGUCUGGAACAGGUGGUUAUGUCCCGAAUGAUGGCGCAGCCGUGCCGGUGGGAACUGGAACAGGGGGUUAUGUUUCGAAUGGUGGCGCAGCCGUGCCGGUUGGAACUGGAACAGGAGGUUAUGUACCGAAUAAUGGUGCAGCUGUGCCGGUGGGAACAGGAACAGGAGCAGGAAGUUAUGUUCCCAAUAGCGGCGGCGGUGCAGCCGUGUCGUCUGGAACAGGUGGUUAUGUCCCGAAUAAUGGCGCAGCCGUGCCGGUGGGAACUGGAACAGGAGGUUAUGUCCCGAAUAAUGGCGCAGCUGUGCCAGUAGGAACUGGAACAGGGGGUUAUGUUUCGAAUAGCGGCGGAUCUGCGCCAGUGUCUUCUGGAACAGGUGGUUAUGUCCCGAAUAAUGGCGCAGCUGUACCGGUCGCAACUGGAACAGGAGGUUAUGUUCCGCAGUCUGGUGUAUAUACUGGUAAUACAGGAGGCAACGCCCCAACUGGGUAUGCAAACAGUGGCGGAACCUUCCCAGUUAGUUCUAGUGGUUAUAUUCCUACAGGUGUUGCGUCUGGUGGUUAUAUUCCUACAGGUGUUGCGUCUGGUGGUUAUAUUCCUACAGGUGCUGCGUCUAGUGGUGGUGGAACGGCGGUUCUUGGUGGUUUUCCAGGGUCAGUAUACAAUCAAAACCCUUUAUUCCCCGAUACAGUAGGAUUUCCAACGAACACUGGGUACAAUCAAGGAAGUAACACAAACGGCCAGCCUAAUUUUCAGACGGGCUCUUUGAGUCCGGCGAACUUAGGUUAUCCUGGAAAUUCGGGGUAUAAUUUUGGAAACAACGGAGGAUUUCAGGGUUUUGAUUUAGGAACAAGUGGGGCUGCAAAGUCAGGGUCAGUCUCAACCUUGACGAACGCGAACCAAAGUAACGUAACUGUAUCUACAGAUGCUGUGGUAGCUAACAGUACCCUAACUGAUAUUGUUAACGCCGGUGCUGAUGUUCCCAUAUUCCUCAGUGUAAACAAUACAUUACCCGCGGAUACUAAAACAUAGUGACGUCUAUUAACUGGACUAAUAGUGAUAUAUUUUUUCAUAUGGCUUCAAAAACUAUAUUAAAUUUAAUAAACUUUUAAAUCAUAGUUCAUAUACCAUUAUCAAUGACCAUCAUAUAAACAGUGCCAUAAAAUUAAACCCUGGUCAUCCGUCAUACAAAUAUGUGCAAGUAGGAGAUUUAACAGCACUGUCAUUGUAAAGACAUAACAAUGAUUGUGUUCGGUUCGAUGAAUGACAGUGGUCAGAAUUUAUAAAAUGGUGUACAGAUAUAUAGCUUAACUACUAGACAUUGCCUUUUGUGAUAAUCUAUUGUAAAAUAGUUAUGUUUGUGAAGCAACUGCAGGACAUUUGCAUGAACAACACCAUUAAGUCAUAUGUUUUAUUUGAUUGUUGUAUUGUGUACCUGGAAGUUUAAACCUAUAUAUUUAAUUCGACACAAGCUAUGUAGAUUUAUUAAAUAUAUGUAAUGGAGGGAAAUACUUUGGCCAUAUUGUAAUUUCUAUGGUAUUAUAAAUAGAUGAAAAUCAAUAAUAAUAUAA